GUUACGGGUGGUGGAACAGGUAUCGGCCUCAUGUGCGCCAAAGCGUUUGCAGCGAAUGGAGCAAAAGUGUACAUCACUGGUCGACGUGAAGAAAUGCUUAACAAUGCCGUCAAAGUACAUGGUCCAGCACUCGAGGAGCUAGGAGGAAAGCUGGUUCCGAUCGUGAUGGACGUGACCAAGAAAGAGUCGAUCUUAGCCGCGGUGGAGGUUGUCAAGGCGAACGAUGGUUUUCUCUCAUGUCUUGUGAAUAAUGCUGGUGGAGAAGGUGGACGUCCUACUCAUGGUCCUAAAGACGGUAUCGAAGCCUACUCCAAAGCAAUGUUCGCAGAAGCGGACCAAGUGGAAAAAGCUUGGCUUAACCCCUAUCAACUGAUGUGUGUCGCUCCGUACCUCUGCACAGCCGCUUUCCUUCCUCUUAUCGAUGUGGCAAGAAAGAAUAGUCCUCAGAAGAUUCCUGGAAAUAUUAUCAACAUUUCGUCUUUGUCAGGACUGACGAAAUGGUCGCAGAAUGGACAAUUCGCUUAUAACUGUGCCAAAUCCGCCGUGAUCCAACUCACCAGGCUCCUUGCUACCGAUCUCUGUCCUGAGCAUCUUAACAUAAGGGUCAACUCCCUCGCGCCUGGUUAUUUCGCAUCGGAGCUCACGACUGGCAAAUCAGGCUCGGAUAACUUCUCCCCCUGGCCAUUGGACGAAUACAAAGCUGAGAUGAAACGGGUCCAUUCACUCUCUGAUAGGCCUGGUACUGAACAAGAGAUGGCUCAGGGCAUUCUCUACCUCGCUUGUAAUGGAUACGUCAACGGUCAAACUGUUCUUAUCGAUGGAGGUCUUCUCCUUCGCCACCCCUAG